CUGGCACAAGGUGUUCGAACAAAAUAACACAUUUCUGGUUCGACAUUAACAAAAACAGGAUAUUUAACUGAAAUAUAUUGACUCCCUGGCGCCAUGUCCGCUAGCCAACGCCAGAAGCAGUUUGACAUGAAUCGCAGCCGUGCGAAUAACCUGGCCAGCAGCAGCAGCAGCUCCUCCGGCAACAGCAACAACAACAGCACUGGUAGUACGAAAAAUGUGGCUUCCCCGCAUCAGCGCAAGUUGCAAACUUCAAUGGAGCGGUUACAGGUGCAACAGCCGAACACAAGUCGUCGGUCGGCCGGCUCCAAUUGGAUGGCCGCUGCCGGUGGAACGCCAACAGGACCUGCUCCUGGAAGCGAAAACCAGGAGGCGAAGGAUCCGAAGGAACCACAAACACUCACAAAAUCGGCACGCAUGCGCUUAAAGAAAAAGGCUCAACGCAAUCGAUACUUGGCCAUGGACUGCGAGAUGGUGGGCGUGGGACACAACGGCCAGGACGACAUGCUGGCCCGCGUGUCCAUCGUGAACCGCGUGGGUCAGGUGCUGCUAGACAAGCAUGUGAAACCGCGUCAGGAGGUCACCGACUACAGGACCAGCGUCUCGGGCAUUCGGCCACAGGACAUUGCCAACGGCGAGGACUUUGCCACCGUGCAGGAUGAGGUGGUGAAGCUGCUGCAUGGCCGCAUUCUGGUCGGACACGCACUGGGCAACGACCUCGCCGUCCUGAGCAUCCGCCAUCCGUUCGAGAACAUCCGCGACACGUCGCGCUACAAGCCGCUCUGCAAACUUGUCUCCAAUGGCCACACGCCCAGCCUGAAGCGUCUGACCAUGGCCGUGCUGGGCCAGGAGAUCCAGACGGGCGAGCACAACUCCGUGGAGGAUGCCCGCGCUGCCAUGGGCAUAUACAAUCGUAUUGCCGGUGACUGGGAGAAGUACCUGGAGAAGAAGCGACACCAGCAGCAGCACUACUAGCUGCGAAAUUGGGGAACCCCACUGCACUCAGGGGAAGGAUUACGGUAGCCCUAAGUUUAUAAUGUAUGUUUACACGAGUUUCAUUUAUCGGAAACUGUUGCUUAAUUCUAUAAAACGUUACAACAUA